AUAAAAAAGGAGCAAAUAAAUGCAACAAUAAUAACUAAGCGGCAAACCCUAGACCCUGGCCUACACGCUAUCUUCUCUUCUCUUCUCUGCAAUGGCCGUCGCUUCCAUUAUUCUCUCAUUUAUUUCUUCCUUUUCCACUUUAGAUCCAUGGCCAACGACGCCGCCCUCAACUCUUCUCUGGUUUUCUUGGCCGCCGUCGUCGUUCUCGUCGGAAUCACUACGUAUUCCUUUAAGAAGAUGGUCGUAACUUACUUCGUCGGCGCUUUCGCCAUCGCCGGCGUCCUCUUGCCGGAUUGGUGCUUCUUUGAUCGCGAUUUCUCCCGGUGGACUUCUCCGGUCACUGAAGAGGAAAGGGAAUCGUAUCGGAUCUCUACUGGAUCUCGGUUUCGAAGGUUUAGGAUUUAUCCAAUCAGACUAGUUGUGUACGGCACAGUUUACAGUGUUGCUCUGUACAAGUGGUGGCAAUACGUGUCCAGCUAAUUUUGUUGGGUUAAAAUACAAUUCUAGUCCAUAGUUCAAUUUCAAUUUUUAUAAUUUUAAAUGUCUAAUUUUAAUCUAGUAUUUUUAACUCAUCUUAAAUUUAAAUUUAAUCCUUAAAAUAAA